AUGUGCGGUAUUGGCGUCUUGAUAGCGCCCGCACUCACACAGCAAGACAAACGCGAUGAGGCGAAACCUGAACAUGUGUCUUCAUCAUUGCACAGUUGCUGGCCAUCUGUGCUCGAGAACAUUCGUCACAGAGGCCCAGACUGCCUAAACACGUUUCACCACGACUUUUUUGCUGCCACCGAGCCAUGGACUGUUUCACUGACAUCAAGCGUCCUCAGUCUGCGUGGCGAUGGCAUCACUGCUCAACCGCUAUGCAGCAAAGAUGGUCGGCUACUGCUGGCCUGGAACGGCCAAAUCUUUGCCUGGGAUGAUCAGCAGACGAGUUCGGAUCGCGCUUCAUCUUCGCGGCAUCGACUCGACUCGGGAGAGAAUGAUGCAAUCAUCUUGCUCGACAGGAUACAGCAGUUGCUCGAUCAGCACAUUCAAGACAGGACCGACGAUGCAUGCCAGCAAGCUCUCUGUUCCGCAUUGGCCGAAGUGGAAGGACCCUAUGCUUUCGUUCUGCUCGACCGUGCGCAGUCGAAGCUGUACUUUGGUCGUGACCCUUUAGGGAGACGAUCGCUGCUUUUGCAUCAGUCGGGUGAUCAUUCGGCUCUUGCUAUUGUCUCUGUUGCGAGCGAGGACAUGCUUUGCUGCGGCGUCUCUCCCUCUCCAAUCGAAAUCGAUUGUUCGUCCUUGUGGUCCAUCGACUUGCUCAACGUUCCCGCCUCGCCACAGCCGCUUCCUCGUCUCAAAUCACGUUUCACCGCUCCUCUAUUGCUCCAAGAGCUCCGUGAGGACAGUACACAACCAACCAGGCCAGAUCGUUCGUACGAACAAAUCCGUCAAGGCCUUCUCGCAGUGCUCUCCGAAACCGUACGCCGGCGCGUCACCAACAUCAAUACAACACAACCAGCUGACGAGGCACACGUAGCCAUUCUGUUCUCGGGUGGUCUUGACUGCACCACUCUUGCACUACUCGCGGAUCGAUAUGUACCACCAGAACAGCCGAUUGAUCUGCUCAAUGUCGGCUUCGAAAACGUGCGAGCGAUUGCGGCGGCUAAGCUGGAAAGGGAAAAGAGGUUGAGCGCAAAGGUCAGGUCUGCCAGCAAAGGCAAGGGCAAGGGCAAGGACAGGCAGACGGGUGAGGCCCCAUCGGACACAAUGGUCACCGAUCCGCAGCAUGCCUCAGAGCCCAUGAAGUCUACCGGUGUCGAGGCAGACACCGACUCCACCACCGACGAUAUCUACGCCGUACCCGAUCGUCUCACCGGUCUCGCCUCCUACGCCGAGCUCCGGCGCCUCUCCCCCUCCCGCCGAUGGAAUUUUGUCCACAUCAACGUCCCCUAUUCCGAGUACACGUCGCACCGCCCAUACAUAUCCACCCUCAUGACGCCCACAUCGAGCGUGAUGGAUCUCAGCAUUUCCUCGGCGCUCUACUUCGCCUCUCGAGCUCGCGGCCACCUCCUCGACCCCACGUCUCUCGCCCCAGUCGCGUACAACUCACCAGCAAAGGUGCUGAUCUCCGGCCUCGGAGCGGACGAGUUGCUCGGCGGCUACUCGCGACAUCGCCAAGCAUUCUCGCGCUGUGCCUUACCCGGUUUGGUAGACGAACUGCAGCUGGACCUGGACCGCCUGCCCACGCGCAAUCUGGGCCGAGACGACCGCGUCCUGUCGUCGCACGGCAAAGAGGCGCGCUAUCCGUAUCUCGACCGCGCCGUGCUCGACUUCCUCACCGCCAUUCCCGUCGACGCCAAGGUCGACCUAAGCAGAAUAGCCACCGAAGGCGCAGGGGGAGACAAGCGGCUGCUUCGAGACGUGGCGCUCUCGUUGGGCUUAGAGGGCGCCAGCGAGCUCAAAAAGCGCGCUAUGCAGUUCGGCACUCGAGCCGCAAAGAUUGAUCACGAGAGCCGGAACGUCAAAGGUCACCACCAGCUCACUUAG